CCGCCGCCCGCGAAAAGCCCACCUGCCGGGCGCGAUCGGCCGGCGCGCAAAGGGGGGCUCGUCGCCGUCCUCCUCCGGCGGCGUCCGGCCUCGGGCGCCCCCGCCCCACCGGCUCGGGAGUUGGGCCCUCGGCGCUGCCGCCGGCGCCCGGAGCCCGGGAGUGUCCCCGCAGGACGCAGCGGCGGGCGCGGCGCGGCGGGACCUCGCUAUGGCCGCGGCGCGCGCUCUGCUGCCGCUGUGGCUGGGCUGCCUGUGCGGGAGCCUGGCGCAGGGGCUGAGACGCCAGCAGCCCUUCCCGGAGCUCCGCGACGCUGUGCCCGGCCACCGCGCGGCAGGUGGCGGCCCAGACCCCCCGCUGCAGCCGCUCGACCCGCUGUCCGAGCACAUGCUGCGGCUCUACGACAGCUACAGCGGCGGCGCCAGCGCCGAGGCGGCGCGGACCCCCGGGUCCCCGGAGCCCGGCUCGCCGCCCUUGCGCCCCCAGCCCCGGCGCGAGGGCAACACGGUCCGCAGCUUCCGAGCCGGAGCGGCAGGAACCCUUGAAAACAAGGAACUGCAUGUUUUUAACCUGACUUCUCUAACCAAGUCUGAAAACGUUUUAUCUGCCACACUGUAUUUCUAUAUCGGAGAGCUAAUCAAUGCCACCCUGAGCUGCCCAGCCUCCCGAGGAUGCUCACACCACGCUCAGAGGAGGCACAUUCAGAUCAGUCUCUCCGCGUGGGUCCUCCAGCUGAGCAGAAACCAAAGUCAACUCCUGGGUCAUCUGUCAGUGGAUGUAGCCAAACCUCAUCGAGACAUGGCGUCCUGGCUGUCUAAAGACAUCACUCAACUUCUGAGGAAGGCCAAAGAAAACGAGGAGUUUCUCAUAGGAUUUAACAUUACUUCCAGGGGACACCAGCUGCCAAAGAAGGUGAUACCCUUUCCCGAGCCUUAUAUCUUGGUAUAUGCCAACGAUGCUGCCAUUUCUGAGCCAGAGAGUGUGGUAGCCAGCUUACAAGGACACAGGAAUUUCCCUGCUGGAGCUGUGCCCAAACUGGAUCGCCACCUUAGGGCUGCCCUUUCUACGGAAAGGCGGAGGAAGCGUUCUGCUGGGCUGCUGCUGCCUCUGCAGAACAACGAGCUUCCUGGGGCAGAGUAUCAGUACAAGGAGGAUGGGGUGUGGGAGGAACGAAAACCUUAUAAGACCCUGCAGACGCAGCCCCCUGAGAAGAGUAAGAACAAAAAGAAGCAGAGAAAGGGACCUCACCAGAAGAGCCAGACGCUCCAGUUUGAUGAACAGACCCUGAAAAAGGCAAGAAGAAGGCAGUGGAUCGAGCCUCGGAAUUGUGCCAGGCGGUACCUUAAGGUGGACUUUGCGGAUAUUGGCUGGAGUGAGUGGAUCAUCUCCCCCAAGUCCUUCGAUGCCUAUUACUGCUCCGGAGCCUGCCAGUUCCCCAUGCCAAAGUCUUUGAAGCCAUCAAAUCACGCCACCAUCCAGAGUAUAGUCAGAGCUGUGGGGGUUGUUCCUGGAAUUCCUGAGCCUUGCUGUGUGCCAGAGAAGAUGUCCUCACUCAGUAUCUUAUUCUUUGAUGAAAAUAAGAAUGUGGUCCUUAAAGUAUAUCCAAACAUGACGGUGGAGUCUUGUGCUUGCAGAUAACCUGGCAAAGAGCUCAUUUGGAAGCUUCCUUCAAUCAUUAGUUUAUUUUCAUGGACUUUUUUUUUCUUGCACUGCCAAUGCAUUUCAUUUCAAAAGAUUUUUUAAUAGUCAAAAGAGAAUGAGCAAGUAGACGGACGCUUUCUGCUAAGGAGACCUGGACUGUGUUUCUGAAUGUAACUAAAAGCAAGAUUUUAGUAAAUGUGGACGUCUCCUUUUUUUAAAAAAAAAAGUGCACAAGAAAAAUGAUGGCGCAGACUGUUUUUAGAACUGUUCAAGAACACACACUCAUCUAUUUUUGUAAAAUGGGCUUUGAAAUUAGGUUGAAAAAGGAACCAGGAGCUUAUCCUUUACCUCUGCUCCUGGAGACUAGAGUCACUUCCUCUUUAAAGUCGGCUUAUUGCCUU